GCACUAUUAAGCACUAUUGACACAAAAACAAAAAAAUUAAAAAAGCACUCUUUAUUCUUUACUUUCUAUAUAUAUUAGUUCACAUAUUUCUGGGUUACUCCGAAACGCCUCCGUCCACCGCCCGCCGCCGUUCUUGAUUUUGGUGGGAAUCUUGCUUUAUUUGCUGAUGGGUUAGUAUCAAAUUACGAUUGAAGUCUGCUGAAUAUUAAACUCUCUUGUUCUUGAAGUUUGGUAAAGAUGGAAAGCCAGGUUCCUCCUACAUACACAUUGGAUGAGGCACUUUGUACUGUUGGGUUUGGGAGAUUCCAGGGUCUUGCACUACUUUAUGCAGGACUUGGGUGGAUAGCUGAAUCCAUGGAAAUAAUGCUUCUUUCCUUUAUAGGAAGUGCAGUAAAAUCUGAGUGGAAUCUCUCUUCAGAUCAAGAGAGCCUGAUAACCAGUAUUGUGUUUUCUGGAAUGCUAAUUGGAGCUUAUUCAUGGGGUCUUAUAUCAGACAACUUUGGGAGAAAGAAGGCUUUUCUUGGAAUUUGUACUGUUACUGCUGUGGCUGGAUCGUUAAGCUCUUUAUCGCAAAACUAUGUUAGCCUAAUAGUUGUCCGUUGGCUAGUUGGUAUUGGGUUGGGUGGUGGACAUCUAUUCACUACAUGGUUUCUUGAAUUUGUUCCGACUCCAAACCGAGGUACUUGGAUGGUUGUCUUUUCAGCUUUCUGGACAGUUGGAACCAUCUUUGAGGCUGGCCUUGCAUGGAUUAUCAUGCCUAGAUUGGGGUGGAGGUGGCUACUUGCAGUGUCUUCUAUUCCUGCCUUCUUAUUGCUUGCUUUCUUUGUUCUAGUACAUGAGACUCCACGGUUUUUGAUUAUGAAAGGCAGAAUAGGUGAAGCACAAGUCAUCUUAGAAAAGAUAGCACAGUUCAAUAAAAGUAGUCUCCCACCAGGUCAAUUGGUUCCUGAUCUCCCAGAAGAUCAGGACAAAGAACUAUCUUUUUCUUCAGAUACCCAUUUAGAGCCAAAAAGAAAGAAAAUGAUCAGUUUAAGAAAAUGCUUGUUACCGAAAUAUGUGCUGGUCUCACCAAAGUAUAUCAGAACAACCAUUUUAUUGUGGUUUCUUUACUUUGGAAAUACGUUUGUUUAUUACGGUGUUGUACUUUUGACUUCAAAGCUGAGCAGUGGGCAGAAUCAAUGUAGAGGCGAUGUCAUUUCGCAUUCCGGGACUAGUGAGGACAGUAAACUUUAUAUUAACGUAUUCGUGACUAGUUUGGCAGAAUUUCCGGGACUGGUGAUUUCAGCUAUAAUUCUUGAUAGAUUGGGCAGGAAGUAUUCAAUGCAAAUUAUGCUCGCCUUUGGCUUCGGCUUGCUUCUACCAUUGGCGUGGCAGCUGAGCCAGGGUCUUACCACGGGCCUGUUGUUUGGAGCCCGCAUGUUUGUUUCAGCUACAUUUACCUGCGCAUGCAUUUAUGCUCCUGAGGUUUAUCCAACAAUUGUGAGAUCGAGCGGAGUUGGUGUGGCAACCGCGAUCGGAAGAAUAGGGGGAAUAGUAUGCCCCAUGGUGGCUGUGACAUUGGUUAACAAUUGUCAUCAAACGGCUGCUAUUCUUUUGUUUGAAGCUGCCAUUGUUCUCUUAGGAAUUUGUGUUGUGCUUCUCCCAUUUGAAACCAUGGGAAAAGGAUUGAUAGAUGUAGCAAAAUGAAUAAUUACCAAAACACUGGAUGUGAAAUAGAUUAUAUAUUUAGUAAGAAGAUCAUGUUUAGUGAAAUAAACAUGCUUUUGAUGGACAAUUUUAUUUUUGUAAUCAUUUUUGCUUUCAAUU